AUGACGGGGCCUUGCUGCGAGUUGCGACACGGCUCUGUCACGCAUUGGGAAUCUGCAAUCAGAAUUGGUGUGCUAGAUUGUGGGGAAGAGGAGAACUACGAGACAUGUAAAGAAUAUGGUAUUCAUUAUUAUCCAACAUUUAGGUACUUCAAGGCAUUUACAAAGCAGUUUACAAUCGGAGAAAAUUAUAAAGAAGGAGCAGAUCGUGAGCUGCAAACAGUUCGCCAGAUGAUGAUUGACUUCUUACAGAACCACACUCAAGAGCUGAGGCCACCUGCUUGCCCUCCCUUGGACCCAGUUUCGUCCAGUGAUAUUACUUCCCUUUUCGACAAGAGUAGCCCUCAUUACACUGCCAUCGUGUUUGAAAACAGUAACUCCUAUGUUGGACGAGAGGUUAUCUUAGAUUUGAUUCAGUAUGAAAACAUUGUGGUAAAGAGAGCACUGAAUUUUGAUAAGCCUUUUCUGGAGAAACUCAGUAUUACGUCUAUCCCUUCAUGCUACCUGGUACAUCCAAAUGGAUCCCACGGAUUAAUUAACAUUUUGAAGCCCCUACGGUCUUUUUUUUCUUCGUAUCUAAAGUCACUGCCAGGUGUAACAAAAAAGCUUCUUUUGCCACCUCAGCUACCUGUAAAGGGAAACAAAGAGGAGAGCACAGAAAUCAAGGAGUGGAAAGAAUUUGAUAAAUCUAAGCUGUACAUGGCUGACCUUGAGUCAGGAUUGCAUUACCUGCUCCGGGUAGAGCUCGCCACGCACAAGGCGCUGGAGGGCGCGGAGCUGAAGACCUUCAAGGAUUUUGUUACCAUCUCUGCCAAGCUUUUUCCCGGCCGUCCUCCUGUGGUGAAGUUGUUAGAGACCUUGCAAGAGUGGCUGGUGAGCCUUCCAUUAGACAAAAUCCCUUAUGAUGCUAUCCUAGAUCUGGUCAACAACAAAAUGCGGAUUUCUGGGAUAUUUCUCACUAAGCGAAUUCAGUGGGUCGGGUGCCAGGGCAGCAGACCCGAACUGAGAGGUUAUAGCUGCUCCCUUUGGAAGCUCUUCCACGUCUUGACCGUUCAAGCUGCGCUGCGACCAACAGCCCUGAUAAAUACAG